UCAUUAUCAUCAUUGUCAUCGUUUUUCGGCUUCAGUGCCUGACCAGUGGAAUUCUUUUACUCAAUUUCCAACGGAGACUUUUCAGAUAAUCUGAAUUCAGCUUUGACCGCGAACGCUUCUCAGAAUCUCAGCCGUCGUUAACCAGAGAGAUUCGGAGUAUUAUGUAUGGAAAAAAAAGGAUAAUUCGUUAUAGUCUUAGUCUAUUCUUGGUUUUGAGUUUGAUGGUCAGAACACUUUGAUUCAUUUCAUGUCCAUACCGACUCAGAAAGCUUCUUCUAAAGCUGCGACAUCUUGAAUGCCUCAACUCCUCAACCCAAAAUCCUUUUCUCUAUCUCAUAUAGUCUUGUGGUGUAUUCAAUCCACGUUGUGGUCCUUUUGUGGAUUGGUACCAAAAUCUCUUGCUUUAGGUUGGAUUAUGCUCAUAGAGUAGGAUAUCAUUAUGUCUAGGUUUGAGUCUCUCAUGUUUAAUUUUGUCAUUAUCAUUUUCUUCCUUCUUUUUCUUUGGAAGGACCAUUUACAAAUUGUUUGAAAAUGACACUCAACUUAAAAAUUUGGCGUGCCAGUGCUGUUAUUCAUCACUCAUAGACUUGCAAUUGCCUUUCCUUCUGCUCUACUGCCAUGCUCAUGAUCAAGAUGUUUUGACAACUAUGCCUUAGCCCUCCAUUUUGUUUCUUGUUAGGUUGCAGAUUUUGAAUUCCUCCAUCUUUAUUUUUCAGAAUUUAUAGGAUUAGAAUUUUGGACUGCUAAUACGAGUAUUUAAUUUAAAUCAUACUUCCCCUUCCCUCAAUAAAGUUUUCUUAUGAAGUUGAUUCCCAGAUUUCCUAAAUUCUGCAUAAUAUUAGUGGAAUUCUUUGCAUUAGAGUACUAUUGCAUUCCCAACUUAUGCAAUUUAGCAGUGAGAAUAACUAAAAACACUUCUAAUGAAUUUUCAUAUCCAUCAUAAUGAAUUUUGCAGAUAAUCUUGACUCUUGAGCAAUUGGAUUUAUGGUAACUAUUCACCUCCAUCUGGAUAUUUGUUUUAAAUUUUCAAAAGUUUGGCAAAUCAUGUUAGGUGGGUGGUAGUUUUUGUUCUAUUUUCACUGCAUGUGAGGAGAAAGGUUGUGUAUCUUGCAAUGCUGCAAUGGAUGGGAGGAUCAAGGCGGAAAGUGACAACUACAAGAAAGUCAACACAAAAGAGGCAAAAGCAAUAUUUUGAGCAAAGAAAGCGACAACAGCAGCACCAUAUAGCUGGACUAGAAAGCUAUACUGAUGGGGUAAGCUUAUUAGGGCAAGACAACAAAGAACAACGAUCACUAGAUGUUCUCAGCUUGCUGAAUUUGUCAUCAAUUGCGCAAGAAUGCAAAACUUGCCCCAGUGUGGGGGAAAAUUCAGAGGUCAACACUUCCACAGUGAACUAUCAGGUUAAGAAGGGUCCACCAACAAUCCUUACCAAUGGAGUAACUCCUGCAGACUAUGUUGAAUUUAAUGAAAGAGCUUCAUCAGGCUACCAAGUGGAGAUUGUACCCCCAAAGAGUGAUGCUGAUAGGCAUAACAAUGCUUUUAAUGGAAAAGGUGACAAACCAGAUAAUUGGAAGACAGCCACAGAGCAUCAGCUCUCUGUUUUUGAUUUACUUGGUGAUGAUGGACCAUAUGGCAAUUUAGAGGGAAGUCCAGUAUAUGAAGCUCAUGUUGCAUUUUCUGUUGAAGGUUUAGGUAAAGUGGGAACAGAAACACCUGUUCAUUCACCGCACCAACCUCACAGAGUCUCUUCAUAUGAUUGCUCGUUACUGAAGGAUGCAAGGCAACUUCGCUCCUCCAAGAAUCUUAAUUUUGUGCUGGACGACCUUGAAGUUGAAGUGGGUUCCAAGAUGCAAGAUAUCAAUAUGUCACCUAGUGGCAAUUCUUUGGAGCUACCUUUCUACCCCAUGGGCAUAGAGGAUCCCUUUAGCAACCCAAAGCAGGGAGUAUCCACUUUCAGGGACUUCAUGCAUCAUGGUGGCCAUAGUAGUAAGAUAAGGAGUUCUUUUGGUGAUGAAGAAACCUUCUACAACAUUAAAGAUAAAAAUGAAAAUACAUGGAAUGGUAGUGUUGGCUUCCCAGAUUACAACUCUCCUGAUGAUUGGGAAUGUGAUCUAUCUUGGAAGCACUGGCCAGGUCAAAUGGAUGGCACUUCUGCUGAUUUUGUGAAAACUGGGAACCAUGAACUAUUAGAUUUUACAUCUGAAGGCCACUGCAUAUCGAAGAAAAGGAAUGCCAUGAAAGCAAGAGACAGAUUCAAUAUCUCAGAUUUAUCUGCCCCUUAUUUAAGGCACCAAACAUCAGAAAAUGAUCAUGACUUUGCGACUUCAGAUGGCACCAGGUCUCCUAUGCUAGGAAGGAUUUGGGGCUUUACAGGUGUAAACAACCAACCCGAUUGGCCUUCAUUUGUGACAGAAGAUUCAAGGGACAGUUUGAGUUUGCUUAGUGAAGAGUCAUGCUCAUCCAGUGCAGUGAGGGGUGAGGCAACUUAUAAUCAACCAUCAAAUUCAAUGGCUAGGAAGAGCUUGAGAAGACACGACAAAGGUUUUUGCAGCCGGGUAAAUAAGUACAGUUCGAAGAAUAUGCACACCAAAGAAGCAUGGUACAAGAAUGGGGAUGAUAUAGGAUCAAGACCUAAUAAUGCAAAUGGGUCAGGAGAGUUUACAAAGAAGUCACACCCAUCAAGUUCUAAACCAGCGAAUAACUCAAACUCUGCAUUUCUGGGAAAAGAAGGACCACAUGAGAGUUGGUUGUUUGGGGAUGGAUAUACUUCAGUUGAUAUAAAUCCAGAUUUCAGCUCUCUGUAUCAAACCUCAGAGACAAAAAAAGCACCCCCUGGCCCCAAGUUUUGGACUGACAAACUCUCAGGCGCAUUUCCAGUUCCUGAACUACAUGUUGGUGCCAAAACAUUGUAUGAGCAAUCCAUAAGGGGUUUCCCUGUGGAAUAUUCACCUUCCAGCAGUUCUUUCUAUGAAAAACCUGCAUUCUACAAACCAUCAAACCAUACACACACUUAUGGUUCCUCUAUUUUCAAUGACAUUGGGGCCAGACCUGAUGAGCCAGAUUUUUCUCUGAAAAUGGAAAGCAAGCCUCCAGAUUCGUUUCAUAUUGCUGGUUCUCUUGGAGAUAUAGAGUUCCCUGACAUAUCAAUGCAGGAAAGUGCUAGCAAAUAUGAGGAACACGCAUCAAGUAUCCAGCCAACUGAUUGCCAAAAAUUUGGGCUGGAAAAGGAAAUUUGCAAAGGGAACAAUGGCUUAUCCUCAGAAGCUAGGAAGCCAAUGGACGCUUCAGAUUCGAAGGACAACUGCAGUGGAUGCCAAGAAACAGAAGAUGAGACCCCAGAAAUAGUAGCAAAAAACUCUCCUAAAAAUGCAGAAGAGGCAUCAUCAGAGGUGAAGAUCACGGAGAGGCUCGAGGGUAGUGAAGAGGGAAAAGGAUGUCACGAUGAUACACAAUUACCUCUUGCAUUCCUCAAUAGGAAUAGAGUAAAUCAAGAAACAGAAGUUCAAGGGUCUGAAGAAAGACUGGUGAUGAGGAGAGAACAGAACAAAUGUCUUGAGACUGUCGACCCGUCCUGCCAAGUGAUGAUGCUUGAAAGCUAUGUUCUUCAACUUCUAUGUGUGCAGAAAGUACUGAAGGAAGCAUCCGCACAGGACCCUGAGAAGAAGGUAUGACAAAUUUCCAACAUUUGUUAGAGACCAGAAUCCUGUUGAAACCACAGGGUGAAGCAGUUGGCCUUUGUAGCCUGCUGUGUUCAAAUGACACUGAUUUUUAACCGCUUAGUCUAGUGACAGAGUGUGAUCUCUUCUUUCAGUAGUUCUGAAAUUUUGUACUGUACGAAAUCCGGCUCCUUCACAAAAGCCAACGAAUACACCUUAAUCCGCUUCUAAACCAACCUAACCAUAGAGGGAAAGCAAAUGCAACCCACCAAAUGAGAGAUCACUUUAUGUCACCAUUUUCUUUCAUUGUCGCUCCUGAGUCCUGAGAGACUUCCCUGCAUUUUCUCGGCUCUUAUAGGAAGGUUUGAUGAAUCAUGAAUUGUCGUUAUGUGCCAUCUCAGUUUCGUU